AUGGCGUCAAAUUCAGAUCAGAAGGCCUCUGAAGUCGCCGAUCUGGAACCAAUCGACGAGUUUGUUCAGGCCAUGGAACAACUCAUCCUGGAAGAAGACUCGACGGCUGACCCGACAUCUGCAGAAGGCGCUUGCGAAAUGAUGGCUGCGCGAUACGCGGUCGCACAAAUGUAUGGUCCCGAUCUCAGCGUCCUCAAGUCUUUUGUCGGCAUCCCGUGGCUCCACCACCUCCAUGAGGACUCAACUGAACUGGGUGACGAUGACCUUGACACAUUCUUCACCGGACUCCCAGAGCGCGAGCGCCCGCGUAUGGAAUCAAUUCUGGGAUUUGCCAUCGACUCAGACCAAUGGAUGGACGCGACCAUUGAGGAACUCGUGUCAGCUGUUCAAGAAUACCUGACCAUGCUGGAAGCUGAUGAGUCACUCAUCGAAGACGUCUUGGAAUCUGAGAAUGACAACGAUGACAAGAAGAAGAAGCCGAAGAAACGCGUCAUAGACACCGACGCCAUCGCAGCCAAUGUCAGCCAACGUCAACGCGUCUUGGCUAACAUGUACAACGAGAUCAUGAGCGCGCAAGACGAGAAAGGCCGCGUCGCGCACUUUGACGAGGUGUUCCUCAAAAGCGCCCUUGGUGUUACGUACGAUGCAACCUUCUUCAGUUACUCCAAAGGCGAAGUUCUGCACGAGGAUCCUGUCCAGGGCUACUUCAGCAUCUCCAUCGAACCCCACUCGCCAAACUUCACCUUGUUCAUUUCGAACGAAAAGGAAGUGGCAGCUCUCCGACGCGCGACAUCUGAAGGUGUUGUUCCAGACCCGAAGAAGGAGGAGCCUGAAGGCAACAAAGAAAAGAGAGAAUGGAAGAACAUUCUCGGCAACGCCUUCGCCCGCGCUACCCAAAUCAAGGCCCGUAUCGGUUAUGAAGCACUUGUACUUCAUAAGUACGUGAUCAUCAGAGACCUUGAUGAGUUUGUCAGCACAAACAAGACCCUGGCGAAGCACUUCAGCGAUGCAAUGAAAGAGCACGUCCGGCGCCUUUUGAGUUGCAAGGAAGCCUGCCCGGUCUACUACGAAGUCAAGUUCAACCUAGACGCGGUCGCGCAAGACAAACUCUUCCUCGGACGACCGGAAUGGGCGAACGCCUUCGGCGAUGCCUUUAAAGACGGGAUGAUCUGUUGUAUCCUUGACGGUAGCAAGGAGGCAGUCCGACGUCUUCACUUCGUCGGAGAACUGAUGGACGAUCAGAAGGCUUACGGUUCGAGACUCCAGCAGCUAUGGUUGAAUGACGCGAACACUCGACGCUUAGUCCUUCGUCCCGACAACGUCCGCACUGAGCCUCGCUCCGGACAAGUUUCGAACGCGACAUAUAAGUACCAGUCUCAAUUGCCGAAUUACAAUUGGGAUGAAGCUGCCAUCAAAAUGGCUGUGUCAAUCGGACAAGAACGCAGCACCCUACAGAACCAGAAGACCGCGUUCGAAAAUGAAUCCCAUACCAUCAUCCUCUUCAAGAUCCCCGGCACUCAUGAAGGCCACUUGUUGGGCUUUAUCGACUGGCCUUUGAACGACUCUACCCUCCUCACGCCAGACACUCAGCUGCGUUUGACCUUUGUUGAACAUGAGAAGAAAGUCGGCGCCACAGAUGCUGGGCAAGCGCCGGAGAAAGAGAACGAGAAAGGUACAACCGAAGGUGAUUCCGGCACCGAAAAGAAGCAUGAUGCUGCCGCCCUUGCCCACGCAGCCGCUCUUUCGGUGAAUGAAACCACCUCCGGGGACGACAUUGUCAGCCAGGAUGCCGCUGCACCUGACGCUGUGGCUGAGGUUGUCACGCCCAAGCCUGCGCCUACGCCUGAGACUGCGCCUGCGACUGCGCCUGUGUCCGUGGACUCGCCUUCGGGAAAGACACUUGUCCCCGCACGUGACGAAUACAAGGCAGACUUCCCCUACGACGGCGGCAUCCUCGAGACCGACAGCGGCCCGCUCAAUGCCAUUUUCGCCCUGGUCGACAGCAUCGGAAAGCAAUGUUCUGUAGACGCGCCUACACCGGAUGAACUGAUGGACGACGUGAAAGACUUCAUCGUUGACCGGAAGGAUUUGACAAUCGAGGUACGGGCAAAUCAGCUUCUGCAAGUCCUUGACACCUGGUACAUGGGUGCACACCAGAAGCACGCACAACUGGGAAUUCUUCAGAUGGAAGAUCCUGAAGCGGAGACGGGCGAACCCAACCUGGUGUACACUGAACACAGGGAAGCCUUGCGGGUGUGGGUAUGCUACAUAGAUGGACAGUGGAGAGGCCUCGAACCCCUCACUGAAGAAGAGCACCAAGCAGUUCGACGCGAUCGAGAUCAGGACGCAGACGCGCAGUUCCUGGUCGAACAACAGGAGCAGGAGAUCGCCGACAAAACUGUGUUCUGGAGAUGCCGUAUCACUCCACCUGUCCCUAACGGUCCCGUCAACAAGAUCCCGGUCAUAGUCACUAGACCAUGGGAUAAAGAAAAGCAAGCCUUCGACGAUCGCCCGCUUCGAAUCAUUGACACUGAUACCGCGGCUGAAUACGACUUCCGUCGCCUGGUCCACGAAGCCCCAUCACAUCAGGUGAAGCUUCAAGUCAUCGACUCUGCCCGCCAAUCAAAACGCAACUUUACCUCCCUGGAACUCCUGAACUUCGCUCCGAAAGACAAGCCUUUCACGCGUCAUAACGAAGUGGCACGGCAGCUGCUCACGUGCAACAACUUGCAUGAGAUCAAGGCCCGGGACGCUUUCACGAGUAUCCGCUCAGAGUUCCCAAAUCCCGAAGCGGUCAUGAUCUUGAACCAGGAACAAAAGCAAGCUAUACUGGCCGCUGCAGAAGCACCUGGAGGCACUAUGAUCAUCAGCGGAGUGCCAGGUGCAGGCAAGAGUCACAUCGCAUACCAGAUCUUGAAGCCUUUCCUGAUGUCUGCUGACAACCAUUCCAUUCUGAUGACCUCCAACUCGAACGAAGCUGCAGACAAUCUAGUCCGAGGCGCGUGGGCGACAUACACGAAGCUUGUUGCUGAAGGAAAAGCCCCCGCUGGCCGACGGAUUCUGCGGCUCUACUCCAAUACCUCGGAGAAGGUCAUUCGUACCCGCCAUCUGAAAGCGCAGCUAGGUAGAGAUCCCGAAAGCCGCCCAGAAGUGGAAGAAGUCGAAGUCGAACAACUGAGCAACCUCGACGCAGUCGUCCGUCACCUUUUUGACAGCACUCGGAAGCAUAAGUACGACGGUAUCUACGAUUCCCGCGUCCAAGACAUUGAUUUCUCGCUUGGUCAAGCUCUUCUCACUGAGACGGGAAUCGUACACGAUCCUAUCUUCACACCAGCAAAUGCCCAGGACAUCUACGAAGACUUCCGUAGACGGUUUAAUCAAUAUCACGGUACGAAAGAGAUGAACAAGGACCAGCGAAAGGAACACGCUACGCAGGAGAGGGAGAUCCUGAAGGGAAUCCUCGCAAAUGCAGCUGUGAUUGUCUGCACUGUCUACACCGCCGGAUCACGUAUAGUGACCGAUGCGAUUAGCAGUAAGCUUACCGGCAUCAUCAUUGACGAGGCUUUUCAUGAGUUGACGACGAAUCUCCUACCUGUCCUAAGCAUGAGAGCCCCGAAAGUCGACUUUGUGGCUUAUCUUGGCGACCCGAAUCAACUUGCUCCUCCCGCUCUCUUCUCGCGCAAGGAGUUACCAUUCGCCAGCGAACAUUACCUGCCAUUACCGAGCCGCCUUCAAAAGCUAGGCUUCCCUGUGAGCCGGCUGCUCGAACAGAGCCGGAUGGUGCCAGAGAUCGCCAGUUUAUCGAACCGAUUGGUCUAUAAAGGCGAAAUGCGGAACAUGCUGGCUCGCUGCGGCUUGAGAACCCGCGAAGCGGCACGGGAGUUCCGUAAAUGGGUCCCAACCAACUUCAGCAGCAAUGGUAAAGCCAAGGAAAAGGCCAAACCAAGCAACGUUGUGUGGCUCGACACCAUCGGGAAGCCGACAAGUACGGAGAAGCAUGGUAGCUCGAAAAUCAAUUACUACCAAGCCAUCGCCGCCGCCAAUCUCGUUCCUAAACUUCUUCGAUUGGGAAAGAACACCACCGUCUGCCUGAUGACCACGCACGCUCCACAACGCAAUCUUCUUCUGUCAGCAGUCGCCUCCAUGGAACUCGACCCGUGGGUCAAAGGUAGCGGUUUGGAUAGACUUUCGGUUGGAACUGUGGACGCACUCAUUGGCAAGGAGUACAACUACGUUGUUCUCAGCCUUUUAGUGGAUAAUGGUGCAGGCUUUCUGUCCGAUUUACGCCGCUUGUGUGUCGCUUUGACCCGUGCCAGAGACGGCCUCAUCAUCUUCCUCUCCGGAAAGACGGUCGCGAAACUCGACCUUCGCGACGGCAGCUAUCUAAAGGACUUGAUUACGUUCUUACAACCUUAUAGGGUUGAGGAUGUCCAUAAGUCGAUGCCUAAUUGCCGAUGGAUUACGCCACCAAGUGCGAGCGUUUCAUCUUGGACGGAGAACGACGUCAUUAUGGCCGAAGCCUCUGCUGAAGGGGGACAAGACUGGGAAACGGCUCCUGCUGAAGCUGCGCCAAUCACCUCUGGCGAUGAUCAAGGAUGGGGAGCCUCGACGGAAUCCACAGCAGUCGCUGUUUCGGCCGUCGUUGACGCCUGGGAAACCGCAACGGCCGCCGUACCAGCCGUCGCCGACGCCUGGGAAUCCUCAAUGGAGCAGAACGAGAUACUCGUUGCCGGAGAUGCUUGGGAAGCUCAAUCUGCACCGAUGAUCGCCUACGUCGACUCACCAUUUGAGGGGCAAAUCGAGCCGAACGUCUUCGAGUUCAACCCUGAUUUCGACGACGUCGAAGAGGACAACUUGGCCUAUGAUGGAGAUGGAACGUGGUGA